CCAAGUCUGUAUCGCGCGCCAUCUCGCAGUAUGGUUGACCUGAGUGUGUCCCGGAGAGACUUGAGCAAAAAGUCACGUGACACAGUGCAUUUGAAUGUACCUUCCGUGUCUGAUCACACCGUCGAAUCCGUUGAGAGCGAUAACACGGACAAUGUAAUGGGAAGGCUUAUGCGACGCACAUCCAUGCCUACUUUCACCUCCACGUCGGACCCACCUCCGUAUCCUUCCUUUGACCCGCGCCCGCCGAAGAGUGCACCUCCAUUUCAAUUCCACGAGGACGAAGGUCGCGAGCGCUUGCCUCCAUAUAGCAAUUCGCUGUAUCUCAGCGCUAUUAUGCCGCUCAAAAUGGAGUUCAGCACUCCCGGCAUUCAGGCAAAGGACAGGAAAUGGAGACGUGUGUUCUGCGAGCUCGAAGGGACAGUACUCCGUGUGUACAAGUGUCCUCCCGGCGCGAGCGGGGCGGGCAUCAUUGGCGAGUGGUGGGAGAGACGUGUCGGCGUGGGUGACCUAAGUAGCGGAUACCAUGCGCCGGUGCGGAAAGCGAACGAAAGCCCAGCGCCCUCGUCGAAAACAGGGGAGGAGAGCCCGACGCCUCCUUCGAAAAUAGCGGUCGAUCAACCGGUUGCAUCCUCGUCGAGUUCACCCCCUCCCACACCGCACAGGGCGAGGAGCGAAUCGCAAUCAUCAAGAGCUACGAAUCAAUCCACAACGCCUUCGAUGUUG